GAGCAGUACAGAAUUACAGAACAACAAAACCAAGGAGAGUACGUACAGAACCGUAAUAAUGGCGAGUCUCCUACGCUUAAAACUCCUCACAGUAGUACUUUUCCUUUCUCUCUAUCUUCUUGUUCACGCCACAUCGUCUUUAGCGACGACCAGUGGCAAUACUGUGCCGCCCUCGUCAAUAAUUAGCGACGAUAAUGUUCCGGUGGCUAACCGUUCGAGUUUCCCGGCGGGAUUCCUCUUUGGUUCGGCGUCGUCGUCUUACCAGGUGGAGGGCGCGGUAUCUGAAGACGGAAAAGGACCUAGCAAUUGGGAUGUUUACACUAACAAGUAUCGAGGGGAACAAGACGAUUCAUCGUCAACGCAUAUUCGUCUUCGUUGUGCAGGCAUGCAUCGACCAUCUCGCUUUCUCAUGAGCUCUGAUGAUCACCAUUCUGGUUCGAAGCCCAAAGAUGGAACGGUGGAAGGAGGUGUGAAUCAAGAAGGGAUAGAGUAUUACAACAAUCUCAUUAAUGAACUCCUAGCCAAUGGCAUCAAACCUUUUGUAACCAUUUUCCAUUUCGACCUCCCCGAAGCCCUGGAAAGAGAAUACGCCGGCUUCCUUAGCCCUAAAGUUGUGAAAGACUUCGUUGCAUACGCGGAUGUUUGCUUCAAGCACUUCGGAGAUCGAGUUCAACACUGGGUCACGAUCAACGAGCCUCUGUCGUACAGUUUGUUCGGCUACGCCCAGGGGACGAUGGCUCCCGGUCGAUGCUCGAAAUGGAUGAAUCUGAACUGCCCCGGAGGAGACGCAGCCACCGAGCCAUACAUAGUCGGACACCACCUCCUCCUUUCUCAUGCCGCCGCAGUGAAACUGUACAGAGAGAAAUACCAGUCGACACAAAAGGGCGAGAUCGGCACCGCCCAGGUGGUGCAAUGGGGCCUCCCUCUCUCCAAUUCGAAGCAGGAUCGCGAAGCUACGCAACGAAGAAUCGAUUUCACGCUAGGAUGGUUUCAGGAUCCACUGGCCACCGGAGACUAUCCACCGUCGAUGAGAGAUCUCGUGGGGGAAAGAUUGCCCGAAUUCUCGAAGGAGGAAUCCAAGAUGUUGAGAGGCUCCUUCGACUUCGUGGGGUUGAACUACUACACGUCUUACUACAUUUCCGGCGCUCCUCCUUCAAAAUCUAUGCCUAAGAGCGCAACGACGGAUUCUCAAACCAGUUUUUCACCCGAGAAGAAUGGUGUCGACAUCGGACCAAAGGCAGGGAUAUCUUGGCAGUACAUUUAUCCCAAAGGGAUUCGAGAUGCGGUUCUCUACACAACAAAGAAGUAUAAUAACACGCCCGUUUACAUCACUGAAAAUGGCAUGGGCGAGCUCAAUAACGAAACAUUAGGCAUCAAGGAUGCUCUUAAUGAUACUCUACGAGUAGAUUUUUACCGUCAACAUAUCGCAUACCUCAGCAGUGCAAUCAAGGGAGGUGCAAAUGUGAAAGGGUAUUUUGCUUGGUCACUGAUGGACAACUUUGAAUGCUCCAGUUUGACGCCGUCGACGUUUAGCGACGAGCACAAUAGCGACGUACUCGAACAUGUUCCGGCCGUCGCUAACCGUACGAGCUUCCCGGCGAGCUUCCUCUUCGGGACGGCGUCGUCAGCUUACCAGUAUGAAGGCGCUGCAGCUGAAGGUGGUAAAGGGCCAAGCAUGUGGGAUGCUUACACUUCCAAAUACCCAGGCAUCAAACCUUUUGUUACCCUCUUUCACUGGGACACUCCCCAAGCCCUUGAAAACGAAUAUGAGGGCUUCCUUAGCUAUAAAGUUGUAAAAGAUUUUGUUGCAUACGCCGAUGUUUGUUUCGAGCACUUUGGCGAUCGAGUUCAGCAUUGGGUUACAUUCAACGAGCCCAUAUCUUACAGUUCGUAUGCCUAUGGCAUGGGGAUGAUGGCGCCUGGCCGAUGUUCACCAUGGAUGAACUUGAACUGCACAGGUGGAGACUCGGCCACUGAGCCAUACAUUGUUGCACACAACCUCCUCCUCGCUCAUGCUGCGACCGUAAAAUUGUACAGAGAGAAAUAUCAAGCAACACAAAAGGGUGAGAUGGGCAUUGCCCAUGUGUCGCAAUGGGGUAUUCCUCUCUCCGAUUCCAAGCAAGAUCACAAAGCUACACGACGGGGAAUGGAUUUCAUGCUAGGAUGGUUUAUGGACCCGUUGGCCACAGGAAAUUAUCCACGAUCGAUGAGAGCUAUCGUGGGGAAACGAUUGCCCAAAUUCUCAAAGGAGGAGUCCAAGAUGUUGAAAGGCUCUUUUGAUUUUGUGGGGUUGAACUACUACACAACUUUCUAUGUUUCCAAUGCACCACCUUCUAACCCUCUGUUCUCAAGCUCAACGACUGAUUCUCGAACCAAUGCUUCACGCAUGGGCGAGGUCAAUAACGAAACAAUGAGCCUCACGGAAGCUCUUAAUGAUACCUUAAGAGUAGAUUUCUAUCGUCAGCAUCUCGCUUAUCUCAACAGUGCAAUCAACUGCUGCCUGCUCGUAUUUUCGUCGCUAAUAGUUAUCGAUGGAGCUCGAGUUAUGAUCAAUCGCUCUGCCCGCGAUACUACUGCGAUCAAUGGUACUACUAGUAGCAGAGCUUCUUCCCUCAACAGAAGGAGCUUCCCUGCCGGCUUCAUAUUCGGCACGGCUUCCUCGGCAUACCAGAUUCGAACCAACAACGAAUGCACAAUAAAAUGCACUGUAUAUGUUGAUUCAUCAGAUGGAAAGUUGAGUGGAGGAGUGAACAAAGAAGGAGUGAAGUAUUACAACAAUCUCAUCGACGAACUCCUCACAAAUGGGAUCCAGCCCUUCGUGACUAUCUUUCACUGGGAUCUCCCUCAAGCUCUGGAAGCAGAGUACAAGGGUUUCCUUAACCCUCGUGUCGUGAGUGAUUUUCGGGACUAUGCGGAAGUAUUGUUCAAGGAGUUUGGGGACAAGGUGAAGAACUGGAUCACAAUCAACGAGCCACUGAGCUACAGCGCCGCAGGGUAUGCGUAUGGCUAUCUUGCGCCGGGGAGGUGCUCCAGUUGGGUGCCCAUGAACUGCACUGGCGGAGACUCGUCAACUGAGCCUUACAUCGUCGGCCACCACAUCCUCCUCUCUCAUUCCGCCGCCGUCGAUUUGUACAAGCAGAAAUAUCAGGCAAGGCAGAAGGGUCAGAUAGGGAUCACACUAGUGUCUCCAUGGGUAAUUCCCUACACUAACUCCACUGAGAAUAGGAAUGCACAAGCUAGAUCUCUUGAUUUCAGUUUGGGCUGGUUUUUCGAACCCCUGACGAGCGGUUCUUAUCCGCAAUCGAUGAGGACUCUCGUCGGCAAGAGGCUGCCCGAGUUCACGACACAAGAAUCGGAGAAGAUCAGAAGGUCGUUCGAUUUCAUCGGGAUGAACUAUUACACGGCUUCUUAUGCAGGAGCUUCGAGUUGGCUAAAUGUGUAUCCCAAAGGAAUAUAUGAUAUUUUGUCGUACAUAAAGCGCAAGUACAACGAUCCAGUCAUUUACAUUACAGAAAAUGGGAUUGAUGAGCUCAAUAACGACCAGGUGCUGCCGCCGGCAGAAGCUCUCCAAGACAAAAUGAGGAUCCGUUAUCACCGCCGGCAUCUGUAUUACCUCCAGAAAGCGAUCCGGUAA